AUGACGCUGCCGUCGCCGCGACUAGAUGGCAUCGCGAACGGCACCCCGCGUCGCGCCAGCCUGGACAGAACCAACCGUCAGAUCGUGUAUCCGACGGCGGAGGAGCGCUUGGACGAGCUGCGGAAACGGAUGGGGAAGGCGGACGGGGAUCCGUUGAAGAUCGUUGGGGUUGGCGCCGGCGCGUGGGGCUGCGUCUUCACGGCAAUGAUCCAGGAAACGUACGGCCAAUUCAAGGACAAGAUUGAUGUGCGAAUCUGGCGACGUGGCGGGCGAGCUUUGGACAAGGCGUUCGCACAGAAGUUGUUCAACGUGAUCAACGACAGGGAGGACAUCCUCCGCCGCUUGAUACGCAACUGCGCUUAUCUCAAAUACGUGGAGGGGCGGCUGGGGGAUAGAGUACUACUAGCUGAUGAGAUCCUGAGGGACGGUUUCUGUGUCAACCUAGCCGACAUGCCCCUGUGCCCUCUCAACACAGUAACCAAUCUGCAAGAAGCUGUGUGGGAUGCUGACGUCAUCAUCAACGGCCUACCGUCCACCGAGACCAGAUCCGUUUUCCGCCAGAUCGGGCUGUUCUGGCGGGAGAGACGGCGGCCGCCAGCUGUCAUCGUGUCAUUGGCCAAGGGCGUGGAGGCUGCUAUGGAGCCUGAGCCGCAUAUCGUGACACCGACGCUCAUGAUUCACCAAGAGACCGGCGUCCCUAUGGAGAACAUACUGUACCUCGGAGGCCCUAAUAUCGCAGCCGAGAUUUACAAUAAAGAGUACGCCAACGCGCGCCUGUGUGGCGCCGCCACGUGGCGCGUUCCCAUGGCAGCAUUCCUCCGCCAGCGCAACUUCGCAGUAUGGGACAACAGCGACCUAGUCACCCACGAGGUUAUGGGUGGUCUCAAGAAUGUCUACGCGAUCGGAGCGGGGAUUGUAGCCGGGUCGACUCGGGACAGCGCGACGUCUAAAUCGGUGUAUUUCGCGCAUAGCACGAGCGAAAUGAUCUUCGUUACACACUUGCUAACAAAAGAGCCAGAGCGGCUCGCCGGGCCGCUAUUGGCGGACACGUAUGUGACUCUAUUGAAGGGGCGGAACGCGUGGUAUGGGCAGCAGCUUGCGGAGGGAAAGCUGACGGCUGAGAUGGGCGAUAUGGUGGAAGGCAAGGGGCUGAUUCAGGGGGUGUCAGCAGUGGCAGCGUUUUACACGGUGCUGAGUGAACCAGCUUACAAGGUGCCUCACCCAGUAACCAACGACCUUGUGGCGCCCAUCGAGCUCUGCCCCAUCCUGCAGACGCUCUACCACAUCCUGCACGUGCGUGACCUACCAUGUGAAGCCAUCCUGGACACGCUAAGGGACGAGAACAUGUACGACCCGGCACAGCGCAUAGCUUCUGCUCCGGAGCGGUUCUAUGUGUCCAAGCUGCUGGAUCAGCACCCCAGCAGCAACGACUUGAGUGACGCUGCUCCCGAUGCGGGAGAGUCUGCGGGCAGAACAGGGCACAGAGGAAGAAAAGGGAGAAGUAUUAGGGAGGAGAAACGGGAAGGAGGCGGGAGGAGGCGAACCAGGGAGGAGGAGGAGGAGGAGGAGGAGGAGGAGGAGGAGGAGGAGGAGGAGGAGGAGGAGGAGGAGGAGGAGGAGGAGGAGGAGGAGGAGGAGGAGGAGGAGGAGGAGGAGGAGGAGGAGGAGGAGGAGGAGGAGGAGGAGGAGGAGGAGGAGGAGGAGGAGGAGGAGGAGGAGGAGGAGGAGGAGGAGGAGGAGGAGGAGGAGGAGGAGGAGGAGGAGGAGGAGGAGGAGGAGGAGGAGGAGGAGGAGGAGGAGGAGGAGGAGGAGGAGGAGGAGGAGGAGGAGGAGGAGGAGGAGGAGGAGGAGGAGGAGGAGGAGGAGGAGGAGGAGGAGGAGGAGGAGGAGGAGGAGGAGGAGGAGGAGGAGGAGGAGGAGGAGGAGGAGGAGGAGGAGGAGGAGGAGGAGGAGGAGGAGGAGGAGGAGGAGGAGGAGGAGGAGGAGGAGGAGGAGGAGGAGGAGGAGGAGGAGGAGGAGGAGGAGGAGGAGGAGGAGGAGGAGGAGGAGGAGGAGGAGGAGGAGGAGGAGGAGGAGGAGGAGGAGGAGGAGGAGGAGGAGGAGGAGGAGGAGGAGGAGGAGGAGGAGGAGGAGGAGGAGGAGGAGGAGGAGGAGGAGGAGGAGGAGGAGGAGGAGGAGGAGGAGGAGGAGGAGGAGGAGGAGGAGGAGGAGGAGGAGGAGGAGGAGGAGGAGGAGGAGGAGGAGGAGGAGGAGGAGGAGGAGGAGGAGGAGGAGGAGGAGGAGGAGGAGGAGGAGGAGGAGGAGGAGGAGGAGGAGGAGGAGGAGGAGGAGGAGGAGGAGGAGGAGGAGGAGGAGGAGGAGGAGGAGGAGGAGGAGGAGGAGGAGGAGGAGGAGGAGGAGGAGGAGGAGGAGGAGGAGGAGGAGGAGGAGGAGGAGGAGGAGGAGGAGGAGGAGGAGGAGGAGGAGGAGGAGGAGGAGGAGGAGGAGGAGGAGGAGGAGGAGGAGGAGGAGGAGGAGGAGGAGGAGGAGGAGGAGGAGGAGGAGGAGGAGGAGGAGGAGGAGGAGGAGGAGGAGGAGGAGGAGGAGGAGGAGGAGGAGGAGGAGGAGGAGGAGGAGGAGGAGGAGGAGGAGGAGGAGGAGGAGGAGGAGGAGGAGGAGGAGGAGGAGGAGGAGGAGGAGGAGGAGGAGGAGGAGGAGGAGGAGGAGGAGGAGGAGGAGGAGGAGGAGGAGGAGGAGGAGGAGGAGGAGGAGGAGGAGGAGGAGGAGGAGGAGGAGGAGGAGGAGGAGGAGAGACAUGAGAAAAGAGAAAGCCAAAAAGCACAUCAGCCUUCAGUUAUGUGUGCAAGCACACUACAAAUUGUUCUGGCAGUGCAGUAG